AUGCACUGCCACGCGGAGCUGAGGCUGAGCUCGCCCGGCCAGCUCAAAGCAGCCAGGCGGCGCUACAAGACUUUCAUGAUCGACGAGAUCCUUUCCAAGGAGACCUGUGACUACUUUGAGAAACUUUCCCUCUACUCCGUGUGCCCGUCGCUGGUCGUGCGACCCAAGCCCCUGCAUUCCUGUACCGGCCCCGCUUCCCUUCGGGCAUAUCCUCUCCUCUCGGUGAUCACCCGACAGCCCACGGUCAUCUCCCACCUGGUCCCUGCCACCCCGGGAGUCGCACAGGCAUUGUCCCUCCACCCGGCCGCCGAGGCUGCCUAUGCUGAGGCCCCGGGCGGCGAGGCUCUAGGCAGCAGCGAGUCAGAGACGGAGCAGCCCACGCCCCGGCAGAAGAAGCCCCGCCGGAGUCGCACCAUCUUCACCGAGCUGCAGCUCAUGGGCCUGGAGAAGAAAUUCCAGAAGCAGAAGUACUUGUCCACCCCAGACAGGUUGGACUUGGCCCAGUCUCUGGGACUCACUCAACUACAAGUGAAGACUUGGUAUCAGAACCGCAGGAUGAAAUGGAAGAAAAUGGUUCUUAAAGGUGGACAGGAAGCGCCCACAAAACCCAAAGGUCGUCCCAAGAAGAACUCCAUCCCGACAUCAGAAGAGAUUGAAGCAGAAGAGAAGAUGAACAGCCAGGCCCAGAGGCAGGAGUGCCUCGAGCCCUCCCAGGGACAGGAGGAGCUCUGUGACAUACAGGAACCAAAAGCAUGCCACAUCCCCUUAGAGGCGGCAGAGCCCCCAGGCCAGCCCCAGGAGUUGCCGGUAGCCUCUAUGGAACCACCACCGUCAAGCUAAAUACACUUUUUUGGGGGAAGAGGGAGACUGGGAAGAAGGGAAAGAGAGAAGGCAGGGAGAAUAGGGAGAGGAAAACUUCGCAACGCCUGGUAAACUGGGAGAGAAGAGAUCCACCCGUCUCCCUCCCUCCCACAGGUCUCACUGGCGUUUUCAUCAGGAGCACUUGAGGAAGACUUGCCUGCCUUAGGCCUUUCUCUUCCUGAAAGGCUGCUUUAGCCACAGGAUGCCCUCGAUGAAGGGAGACGGUGCCUUGGAAUUGCCUGCCCCCGCUGGGGUGACGGCUGUGGGGCUGCGUGCAAGAAGCCCAUCGGUGUCGCAGGCCCCACCCUGGCUCAGUGGAGGAUGGCUCUGGCUCUCUCCCUGCCAGCCUCUGGGCCGCCAGUCAUCAAAGCAGAGAGAUGUGGAGGAGCCUGGGCAGCAUGCCCACGUUCCUUGCUGACUCAGCACUUAUUUCUAUAGUUCUAAAAGAAAAUUUAAUGUUUUUGGU